CAUUGCUCGUUGACGUUUGCGAAAAUGAAAACACGAAGAGAUGUAUGUGAAAAAAAAGUAUAUCUUUGUGUCAGUGGCAUCGGGACGACAACGUCGGCUAAUUUUGUUUUAUGAUAUGUCGUUGAAUAUUAAUUAAUUAAUAACUGAAUUAUAUUGCUAACUUCCUCUUAAAUCAAUGUAUAUCUGGAUGUCAUCUCUUGGCAAGCUGGAUGGAGACUAGACGCAUCACUGGAAAGAUUUACGAGACAUUCGACCGCAGAGAGAUGAGUGUCUCUUAACGUCAUUAGCGGUUAGAACCUUUUUCCAAAGCCUCUUUCUCAACUCGCGCGAGAUCGCUUUGAUCGACGCGACGCUCUUUUCACUGACGAGGAAUCGCGACGAGUGAUUCGAGACACGCUUGUCUCGCAAAUGUGGAAUGCGGGUUCUCGGCUCGUUCGACUAUCAGACAGCAGAGGCAGAAAAACGCCACAGCCGGCUCCUCAGUGGCGUGGAACGCGUCUUUCAGGGAUGCUGCAGUAAUGUACUCCAUGGAAAAAAGUUCAUUGAGACUGCGAUAAUGCGAACUACACUACACGAGAACUACAAGCAUCCUAAACAGGUUCCUCACGGAUACGUACCGCAAAAGUCAGAUGCUCCAAUAGAUAAAAGGCUUGGCAGAUCGGAUCGAAGAUGGCGGACGGGAACAAUCGCUCGAUUGCCGACCAUCGACAUUGGCGGAGAAAGGGGAAAAAAGGAGAUUUCGAGAUAUUCCAUAAAUGUAAGAUGUUCAAAUGACUCCGAUCGGCGCGGGGACCGAAGGAGAGAAGUAGAUACGUCGGGCACGUAGCACAGGGGCCAUCAAUCCUGCCGAGACGUAGACGAACAGCCAUGGACUACGGCAAAGCGAACCGACAUCAGUCCUCCUCCUCUUCGUCGUUGUCGUCGUCGUCGUCGUCGUCGUCGUUGUCGUCGUCGUCGUCGUCGUCGUCGUCGUCG